AGCCUUCCAAAUGAACUGCUUCUCUUGAUUAUCUCUCGCCUUCCCAACGCUGCCAUCAAAUCGCUACGCUUGACCAGCAAACGCCUGCACGGAAUGGCCCAUCUACGUCUCAACCGCGUAUUCCUGUCAGCCAAUCCAGACAACAUUCGUGUCUUUCGUGCCAUCGCAGACCACGACCUACACCGUCACAACAUCGAAGAAAUCAUCUGGGACGACGCACUCUUGCAGACAACUUCAUUCGAAGGCCUCUACCGCUGGGAUUAUUUCCACGGCCCCAACGGGCAGAUAAUCCAAGAGCAUCCCGACGAAACCUGCCCCAUCUGGUAUGCCAUCGCAUGUCGUAAAAACCUCCACGCGUUACGCACACGCAAGAACACCGACGCGGACCGUCCAGACCAUGUAACCCGGGCUCUGGAAGUCGUGGCCGCCCAACAACCCCUGCACCUCUUCUGGCAAACCUAUGAAGAGCUGGUAGAGAAACAGGACACCAUCCUGGCGACGAACGCCGACACCGAAGCCCUGAUCUACGGACUCAAGCAAUUCCCCUCCCUGAAGAGAAUCACCAUCACCCCAGCUACCCACGGAUGGCUCUUCAACCCCCUCUACGAAACGCCCAUGAUUCGCGACUUUCCAUUCGGGUUCAAUUACCCCAUUCCUCGCGGAUGGCCAGCCUCCAGGACCGGCGAAGACGGGCCCGAUAUCCAGUGGUGGAACGAUCAGCUCGAGACCACGAAAGACCAAUGGCGCGGAUUCCGAACUGUGACAAGGGUACUCGCCCAGGAACAACAUCAUAUCUCGGAACUCAUACUCGACGCCCACCAGCUCAACACAGGUCUGAAUUGCACGAUCUUCGAAGCCCCCUGCGACGAGUACCACCACUUCCUCUCUCUCCUUCGCACCCCGGGCUUCUCCCGUCUAGACCUUGCCCUCAUCAUCCGCAGCCAAGACCAACGUGCCUGGCCCCCUGUCGAUCAGGGCCUCCUUCAUCAAGCAUUAUCCGAAGCUACCGACAUGGAACACAUCAGCCUCGCGACCACCAUCGCAGCGUCCGACGAUCUCAUGGACAUCUCCGACAACGGAAUGGCCGUGGAUGCCGUCCCCCUCCAGACAAUCUUCCCCCUCGACAAAUGGCCCAAGCUGCGCCAUUUCGGACUCUCCGGGUUCCCAGUCACCCACGAUUACAUCCUCUCCUUCCUAGCCCAAUUACCACCCACGGUCCGUUCCAUCGAGCUCAGCUUCCUCCGGUUCCAGGAUAAUUGCGGGAACUGGCGCACCUUGCUCCCGAAGAUCCGGGACAGGUUACCCUGGCGGGACCGCGGGGUGGCUGUCGGUCCUAAGCUGGUGAUCGGUAUUGGCUUGGAGUUCGGUAACUGGCAGAUUGGUCGGGGGAUCUGGCUCGAGGAGGAAGUCAGUGCGUUUAUCUACGGGGAUGGGUGGAAUUUCUUUGAUGUCAAUGGGUAUCCGCGAUGGGGGUCCGGGGUGGUCAGAGAUGCAUUU